UUCAGCCUGACCGGCUGGGCUCCCUGGGCACCUCUGUCAGAGCCCCGCCCAGGCCUGUGGCCCGCCCCAAUAUAAGCAGCUCCGGGCCUGAGACUGAGAACUCAGUGCCCGAGUCAUCCACACCUGUCUCCAUCAUCGCCAUCGCAUCGCGCCCUCCUGCAGAUCUCUCUCUCUGGACAUCCCUGUCUUUCUCAGUGCUGCCUGUGCCCCUCCUCAACCUGAGUACCACUGGGUUGAGUUUGGAAAUCCUAAGGCCUAGCACCCCCUCUACUAACCCCCUUGGCAUCGGAUGUGGGACAUUUCUCUUCACCUUCCUCAGCCUCGGUGUUCCAUCUGUGAAAGGGGCUUGCGGAGAAGUCAGUGCUGGGCAGGCAUGAGCCAUCCAGUGUCCCUAGGACAGACUCCGCUGCUGUCACCGCUGCCACCUCCGCCGUCCCCAACGCCACCUCCUCAGGGCCAGCAAGAUGCAGUUUGAGAUGCACGACAACGUGAAAGGCAAAGCCAUGUCCUACCCAGUGACCAGUCAGCCCCAGUGUGCCACCAGCUGCUACCAGACCCAGAUCAGCGACUGGCACACCGGGCUCACGGACUGCUGCAACGACAUGCCCCUCUGUCUGUGUGGCACUUUCGCCCCCCUGUGCCUCGCCUGCCGCAUCUCCGACGACUUCGGCGAGUGCUGCUGCACGCCCUACCUGCCCGGAGGCCUGCACUCCCUGCGCACCGGCAUGCGGGAGCGCUAUCGCAUCCAGGGCUCCAUCGGGCAUGACUGGGCGGCCCUCACCUUUUGUUUGCCCUGCAGCCUCUGCCAGAUGGCGAGGGAGCUGAAGAUCCGAGAGUAAAGGGUCCCCCUCCCACCUCCCCCUGGAAUGCUGCCUCCUCUGCCCCUCCUGGGAGGGGCUGCCCCUCCGCCUAUCCUGACACCAGAAAUACACCCACAAUAAAAACCUGAAAACCA